AUGCUCACGAGAAUCUGAAAGAAAGACAGAGAAGUGAAGGAAGAAGGCAGAGGGAGGGGAAAAGGCAGGUUUAAUGAAUUCAGGCGAGAGGGGAGGGAUGGAGCGUCUGCUGAGGAUCCAGUGGUCGCUGCUACUGCCGCUGCUGUCGCUGCAUGUAGCUGAGCAUUUGCAGUGAGGACGUCUCUGUGGCUCGCUGGGAACCAGACACCAGUCCUGCACAGCCACAACUCCACGCCUGAGACACGGGUUAGAGGUCUGCCUGAGCCGGUAGGGCAGAGACCGGGAUGGUGGACAGUCUGGACUGGGAUCAGCAGAGCCCACAGGUCAGCCCUGCUGGGAAACGUUUAUCCUCUGACUGAUGAGGAGUAAUUACACACCGAUGAAUCUGUGGACUUGCACCUGACCAGACUUUAUUGUUCCUGUUGUGCCACAAGGAACCAGAAGCCAACAUAUUUUUUUUCUACUUUUUUGGUGUUUUUUACAUUUUGGUAAUCGAUGCCAACCUAAAAGGAUUGACCUUCAGCUUCAACCCCCAUCUGUUUAUAUGACCUAUUGUGAACUGUAAAACGGCACGGAUGAUAUCAGAGAACUUCUCAUUUGUCUUUUUACCCAACGCGAUACGAGGAUAACCAUCACUCCUCCGCCACCAAUCCAACACACACAGAGGGACUGGUGGCACUUGGUGUAGAGACCCUUAAAGAACUGCUUUCAGGAAGCAUGGGAGAAAUGAGCUGGGUGUGUCUGAGCCCGGCAGAGUUCAACCAGCUGCAGAAGUACAGCGAGUACUCUACAAAGAAGCUGAAGGAUGUUCUGGAGGAGUUCCAUGCAGGAGGAGUUCUUUCCAAAUACAAUCCAGCAAAGAUGCAAGAUGUUCUGAACCAACCCAUUGACUAUGAGGGCUUCCAGCUCUUCAUGGACACCUACCUGGAGCACAAACUUCCAGAGGAACUGUGUCAGCAUCUGUUCACCUCCUUCAAGAGCAAGACGGGGCGCUGCUCUCCGGACCAGCCUCAGGCGGGAACCAGCUUUUUGGGGAUGAACGGGAAGAGCAUCCUGUCUGCGAUGGGCCUACUCACUUCGGACCACUCCACGACGCAGAUUGCAGCGGGCUCUGGAACCACGACGCUCUCCUUACCAGAGGGGUCCCUUCAAUCACCUUCAGUCGCUUCCAGCAACGCUCUGACCCCCAAUGCUGGUUCUUCCAGAACUGCUGUAUCCCCAAAACUCCAGUCAGAGAAGAGCAACUCUGAGAAGCAAGUUUCCCUGCAGAAGAGCCCGUCGCCUCAGACGUCCCCUCAGGUGGUCUUUCUUAAGGACAUCGUCUGCUACCUUUCACUAUUGGAAAGGGGGACGCCAGAGGACAAGCUGGAGUUCAUGUUCCGACUGUACGACACAGACGGCAAUGGCCUCCUGGACAGCUCAGAGCUGGAUCACAUCAUCAAUCAGAUGGUCCAUGUGGCCGAGUAUCUGGAGUGGGAUUCAACAGAGCUGCGGCCGAUACUGAAGGAGAUGAUGGAGGAGAUCGACCUUAACCGAGACGGGACGGUCACACUGGAGGAGUGGAUUAGAGGAGGCCUCACUACCAUCCCUUUACUGGUCCUGUUGGGCAUGGACGCGAAUGUGCAGGAGGACGGGCAGCAUGUUUGGCGUCUCAAGCACUUCAACAAACCAGCCUUCUGUAACUACUGCCAGGCCAUGCUGCUGGGCGUCCGCAAGCAGGGCCUCUGCUGCUCCACAUGCAAAUACACGGUGCACGAACGCUGUGUGUCCAAAGACAUCGCCGCCUGCAUCAGCACCUACGCCAAGUCCCGCAAGCACACCAAUGUUAUGCAUCAUGUUUGGAUAGAAGGGAACUCUCCGUUGAAGUGCGAGCGCUGUUACAGGAGCAUCAAGUGCUACCAGAGCCUGACGGGCCUGCACUGUGUCUGGUGUCAAGCCACGUACCACAACAAGUGUGCGUCCUGUGUGAAGCCUGAAUGUGAUGGAGGAAGCCUGAAGGACCACACCCUGCUGCCGUCAUACAUCUGUCCUGUGGUGCUGGAUCGUCAUUCCACGGCAAAGCCCGUGGAGGGCACGUCCACUCCCAACACCAGCCCCGAUGACGCCAGGUCCCUCGUGUCUACAGGAGGCACAUUUAAGUUCCCUCCUGGAGACAGACAGGCACUGCAGAUCACCCCUCUCCCAGGAACACACCCCCUUCUGGUCCUGGUCAAUCCUAAGAGUGGAGGGAGGCAGGGGGAGCGAGUCCUCAGAAAGUUCAGGUACCUGCUAAACCCCAGACAGGUGUACACACUGGAGCAUGGAGGCCCCAUGAACGGACUCAACUUUUUCCAUGAUGUCCCAGAUUCCCGGGUGCUGGCCUGUGGAGGUGACGGCACAGUGGGCUGGAUCCUCGACUGCAUCGAUAAGGCCAACUUUACCAGACAGCCUCCAGUGGCCAUCCUCCCUCUUGGCACAGGAAAUGACCUGGCACGAUGUUUACACUGGGGAGGAGGCUAUGAAGGCGGCAGCUUGAUGAAAGUCCUGCGGGACAUUGAACACAGCACCGAGGUGGUACUAGACCGCUGGAACAUCGACAUCAUUCGUAAUGACAAGGAGGAGAAGGGCGACCCUGUCCCUUACAGCAUCAUCAACAAUUACUUUUCUGUUGGAGUGGAUGCCUCCAUCGCCCACCGCUUUCAUCUGAUGAGAGAAAAACACCCAGAGAAGUUCAACAGCAGAAUGAAGAACAAGCUGUGGUACUUUGAGUUUGGCACCACUGAGACCAUAUCCGCCACCUGCAAGAAACUCAACGAAUGCAUAGAGUUGGAGUGUGACGGGAUCAUCCUGGACCUCAGCAGUACAUCCUUAGAGGGCAUUGCUAUUCUGAACAUUCCCAGCAUGCACGGUGGCUCCAACCUGUGGGGCGAGACGAAGAAGAGGAGGACCUACACCCGAAUGAGCAAGAAGGUUGCCGACAAGAUGCCUGGCUGCACCGUCACAAACCCUAAAGAGCUCAAGUUCUGCGUGCAGGACUUCAGUGAUCAGCUCUUGGAGGUGGUGGGCCUGGAGGGGGCAAUAGAAAUGGGGCAGAUCUACACUGGGCUGAAGAGCGCAGGACGCAGACUUGCUCAGUGCUCCAGCAUCACCAUCAGGACUUCUCGGCGGCUGCCCAUGCAGAUCGAUGGUGAGCCAUGGAUACAGCCUCCCUGCACGGUUAUCAUCACGCACAAAAACCAGGUCCCCAUGUUGCUGGGCCCGACCCAGAAGACUUCCUUCUUCAACUUCAGGAAAAGCAAAUACAGCCGCGACAUUGAGGAUCACUCCGAACACAAAAAGGAGGCUGCCCGCAGUGGAUGCUCAGUGUCUGCUCAAAGGCUGUCUGGAUGAUUUUCCCGCGCAUGUCACGACUCAUAUCUGUUUCUGUCCUUUGUAGCAAUCAAUUGCCUUAACAAAUAAACUGACCCACUCUGUGCUAAUGGUCUUUCACAGUCAUGUUGAUCCGAACAAAUGAGGAGCAGGCGCUUUUAUCAGUACCUGCAUGGUUUGUUGUGUGGCAUGCUAGCCCUUGUUUAGCAGACGAGGCUGUUCAUCAGUGUGAUGUAAUCUACUCUCAUUAAACCAGCAAAACAAUCAAACCUAUUUGCUUUAUCUGUGCCUCAGUCUUCCAGAGGCGGGUUACCUCUAAAGAUAAACCAG